AUGGCUGUGGGCAACACGGUGGCUGAGAAGUUGCCUGCAGCCAACCUCCUCCUCCUGAAGCGGCUGCUGUCCCUCCUCCAGCACAUUGGCCACAACGCAGCCACCAGCAGGAUGAGCUGCAGCAACCUGGCCAUCUGUGUUGGGCCAAACCUGCUGAGCCCACCCAAUGAGGAGCUGCUCCCGCUGCAGGCCCUGCUGGCGGUGACUGAGAAGGUGAACGUGCUGGUGGAGUUCAUGAUUGACAACUGCAGGGAACUCUUUGGGGAGGAGACAACCGCCCUUUCCUGUCCAGCAGCCGAGGAGUCGCCAGUCCCCGCGGGGAGAUCGAGAGAAGUGCCUUUGGAAGAGCCCAGCGUCCCUCCAGUCGCAGCAGGCACCGAGCAUCAGGCAGCAGCCUUGUUGCAUGUAUGCCCCUCUCUGCUCGGUGUCCUCAGAGAGGCUGGGGGAGAUAUGGUGGGAGAGUCUGAAACAGGAGAGGCAGCUCCAGCUUUGCCUCCGACCACCCCUGAGAGUGCGGCAGAGUCCCUCGUACGCCCGGAAGAGCUGGCCAGCCUCGCCGAGCAAAGCAGGUAA